AUGAUGCUCGAUUGCCGACGACUCUGGGACAAGUUUGGUUCUCGUGAGAGCUACUUGCAAGCAGGUAGUCCCCAUAUCUCUCGUCGGUUAUCCUCGUGGCUCUACCAUACAGCCUCAUAGUGGCUCCAUCGACGCGAUUAGAAAGAUCUGCUCACUCGUUCUCUCAUUCUUCUGAACAACAUUGCAAUUGAUUGGCUACGGGCUCGGAUCUUGUUUCUCUUUCCUACAUCAUCAGAUACCAAGCUGCAUCAGAACUCUCACCACAGGUCUUAACGUGCGGUGGCUUGCACCAUCCGAGUAUCGCCUGGCCACGCUGGUGCUUUCUGCUUGCCUCCUUAAGGUGUCGCCACCGUUUUGACCCGGGACAUCAAGCACAGCAACAGAAGGAUCUCAUGUGUGUCAGCACUUUGCGUCAGCUGUCUGUCGCACAGCCCACGGGCCUCUCGCUGCCUGCAGCGCUACAGCAUCCGCGAUCCUGACCACUUGCCUCUUAACUAGCUACUUAACUAACUAGUAAUAUGAACCUAGCUAGGACACCUUAACAUCAUCCGAACUUCAAAUUUUUUUUCGGACCAGGUUCUGGCUCUCCCCAAGUGCAAAAUCCCCAUUCCAUAAUCCUCGUCGUUCGGGAUCAACAGUAUUAGCC